GUUUGUCCCGCUGCAGCUAGCUGCACCCGCUAAAUUUUACUCUUUUAGCUAGCUGCAGUCAAUGGAGAAGCGGGCGCUUCUUCAGCAAGUGCAGCUAGCUUAUUUCUUAUGAAAUUUCAUGCUUGGGCUGGAAAUCGACACUGAAACUUUGCUGUUGAUUUCUACGGAAGGAAGGAAUGGUGUGAUGUUUAAAGAAACUACUAAAAUCCAACAGGCUGUUUUCGUUCGUUAUUCCUAGUUGUUUUAGUUACCUGCCAGUUAUGAGUGCUGUAAAAACGAUAAAAUUAGAUGUGGGAGAGACAACAGUGAAAUGCUCCAAUUAUGAGAACGAAAUACACGAAAAACGGAUCGUCUUAGAUCGUGAAAGAGUAAAUAUUGAACCACAUCAGUUAGUUUGGUUAGAUCCAACUGUCAAUAAAAAUGAAGAAAGUAAUUCUGUAAUUACACUUAAAGCCCUCAGAAAAAUUGUUGAUUAUACAAAACUGUUUGACGAUGUUGAACAAUGUCAACAGUUCAUUGAACAAACCAAGAAUACAACUUCAUUUUUAGUGACAUGCGGUCACUUAGGCGAACGGCUGGUACCUGGCAUUCACAAUCUCAAAAGAGUUUCUUCUAUCUACAUUUAUUGUACGAACAAAGAAUAUCAUCAAAAAUGGGCUUCAAACUACUCAAAGAUUAAACAAGUACACACAAACAUUGACGAACUGUUAAAUGAUCUAGUGCAAGCUGUUCAGGAAUAUUUAAACCAUAAAAAGCAUGAAAUUUGUGGAGAAAUAGGAAGACAAGAUGAUACUACAGAUGCAUUCACAUGUUUAUUGGUAGAAAUUGUCGAUCUUUUGUCUUAUUUACCAUAUCCAGACGAUCGCAAAUGUAAACUCAUUGAUUCGUUAAAAUAUUAUUAUAGUGGUAACGAAGCACAAUUAAAAGUUCUGCAGGAAUUUGAACGCGAUUAUACAUCGGACAAAGCUAUUUGGUGGUAUACACGCGACAGCUUUCUCUAUCGUUCAAUAAAUCUCGCAUUACAGCAACAUAAUAUUCAAGUGCUGUUUUUAUUCGGAUUCUUUAUACAAGACAUGUAUCGACAAUUAAAACACGAACAUGAAGGAUUCAAAUUGCAGCAUUUAGAUAAUCCAUUAAAAGUAUACCGAGGACAAUUUAUGACACGUGAUGAAAUUGACAGGAUUAAAUCAUGUGACUAUGACACAGCAUCGUCAAUUGUAAGUAAUUGUUUCUUUUCAACGACUACUGCUCGUUCUGUAGCAUUAUUGUAUACAAGUACAUCACAGCCCGAUGACGGGGUUCAAUGUGUUUUAUUUGAAAUUGAGAUCGAUGUUCGACUAGAGUCUCGCCCUUAUGCUAACAUUUCACAUUUGAGCAGCUUUCCAGAAGAAUCUGAAGUAUUAUUCAUGACUACAACACAAUUUGAUAUCGAACCAGACGAUGUUUAUUACAAUGAAAAUGAAAAAGUUUGGAUAGCUAAACUGAAAUUAUUAAAGGAUGAUCAUAUAAAAGACGAUCGAGAUUUUGAAAAUGCAAGCAAGAGAAAAACAUUGAAAAACUGUGUUAGUAUACUUCACGAUGUACUUUACAAGGAGCAAUCUGAUGUCAGAAUCACAAUAUUCAAUAAAUUAAUUGAUUUAUUUCCAUCAGAAAAAUGGAUUUUUGAUAUGAAAGAUCAUUACCUCGGUUACUACCCUACAAAAUAUAUAGAAGAAACUUACGCUGAAGCAUUAUCAACUCGCGAUGAAGUAUUGACAUUAUGGUUUGAAUAUAUAAACGAUGAUGAAUUAAAUUGCUCUGUCGAUAUUGGUAAAAUUUAUAAAGGUAUUGGUGACUGUUAUCCAGAAGAAUUAAAUGAUCACACUAUGGCUAUAAAACAUUAUGAUCUAGCUAUCGAUUAUUUUCAAUUAGCAAAUCAAAAGGCUACUACGGAUUAUGAAAAAAUAGAUAUAUUCGAUCUGUUGCGUGAUGUGUACACAAGCAAGAUGGAAAUCAGCAUUGAUGAGAGUGAACAAAUACAAAAUUGUUUAAUGGCUAUAACACACAUAGAACUAAGUGUUCAAAACCUGUUAAAAUAUCGUUCAUCUGAUUAUUACGGUAUUGCCACUCGUAUUGAAGAAAUAGCUAAUCUUUAUCAAUCGAUAUUUAAGUAUGAUGAUGCAUUGAUUAACUAUGAAAAAGCUUUGGAAGUUUAUAUGCAACAAUUCAAACCUGUUUUAUACCGUAUUAAGGUUACUUUUGAGAAAAUAUUUAAAAUCUGUUAUGACCACAAACAUGACUAUAGUUCAGCACUCAAAUAUCAAUUAAUGGAACAUGAAUAUGUAUUGAAACACAAUGCACGAAAACCAACGGAUAAUAUGACUGAAAUGUGUGCCAAGAGAGAAGAAAUAGUUAAAAGUCACAUCAAAUUAGCUAAUGUUUAUAUAACGUUGCAUCAAUAUAGUUUAGCUGAGGAACAUUUGAUGAUAAUAAAAAAAUUAUAUCAGGAAUCUGAGUUACCUAGCCAAGGAAAGGUUGAAUUUAUUGAAGAAAAAUUAGGCAAUUUGUAUACAAGAUUACACAAACAUGACUUGGCUGAUAAACAUUUAGCAAUGGAAAAAAAUUUAUAUCAGAAAACGAAAAACCCACUCGCAGAAUUGCACAUUAGACAUCCAAUCGGGUAUUUGGCCCAAAAACAAAAAUGUGCUUUCUUCAGGUUUAAAUAA